CCCACGUGCGGCCCUAUAGGCUUAUGAAUGGGUGUAGAAGCAGACCAUCCCUCCGGAUGUGACAUCAUGAUGGGGAGGGACAGUGUUGCGUGGAGAUGAGGUCAGUGCCGUCGUGUCGGGCUUGGAAUGUGAGAAAGUGGGGAUGAUCGGAACCGGUGGAAUUGUAAGUUUGCACGGCACUCACUUUAUCCAGUGACUGAUCGCAGUGGUGUGGCUUCCGGGACUUGUUCAGACAGGUAAUGCUUGUUGUAAGUCACUGGUGAGCCCUCACUUUCUCCAGCCCCACUUCAAGAGAGCGACAAGUCUUGAUCACAGGCAGCCUGGUAACUGGCUGGAGUUGCUGGGGAGGUUUAGAGAAAUGCAGGGAUUUGUAAGGCUACUGUUUUCGGAGUAUCACAUUGUUUCCAAGUACUGAAGCGAACGCAGAGGAGUUGGUUUGUGUAGUAGUACUACACUCUAAAUGUUACCGUUCACCCAGUGCUGGCGAUAUAACUGUGCAUUCGUUGCCGCUGUGAAGUAUCCCUGAGACGAGCCACGGUUUGGCAUCUCCAGUAGGAAAGCCGUUCCUUCUCCUUGUUCUGCCGUGAUCGCUGCAGCUGGCACCGGCAUUCUGCAGCGUGCUGCUGCUGUGGCGCUAUGUGUGACAUGAAACCUGGAAGGGGAGAGAGGUAACAGAAAUCGUCCCCAUGCACUGUCUCAAUCUACUGCUCUGGGAAAGGAAUAAGAAGAAGAAGGUGGACCAAGUGAGUUCCUCGGGCUCCUCCUCGCAGCAGGCUGGAAGAUGGCGGACUGAGGCUGGGACCGGAGCUCGGGAGAGCUGGCUUGGGAGCCUUGGAAUUUUUCGCCGCCAUCCUAACCCUGAAAGGACCCAUGCAGGCCAAAAAACGCUAUAUUACCCUUUUGUCCGCUGGUACUUGUGUAGUUGUGCUGUUUUAUUUGGGUGGACUGCAGUUUAGGAAGAGUGGCCGGCGCGACGAGUCCCAACACAGGCGGCGGGGGCAUGGUUUGCAUGCUGGUUCACCACCUGAACCGUUUUGGCCCCGCUUCCCUGAUCCCCUCCGACCUUUCGUGCCUUGGGACGAGCAAGAGAAUGAAGAGUACAGCGCCGCGCACAGCUCACCCCGGCUCAAGAGGGAGGCUAACACUGGUAUCUACAAGGGCAAGAAGUGCCGCCUGGACUCAUGUUUUGACUUGGAACUUUGUCGGAGGAACGGGUUCAAGGUCUACGUCUACCCUCAACAGAAAGGCGAAAAGAUGUCUGAAAGUUAUCAGACCAUUUUGUCCUCCAUUGAAGGAUCUAGGUUUUAUACUUCGGACCCUAGUCAGGCUUGUCUUUUCAUUCUUAGUUUGGAUACUUUGGACAGGGACCAACUCUCGCCACAGUAUGUGCAUAACCUGAAGUCUAAAGUGCAGAACUUGCACUUGUGGAAUAGUGGCAGGAACCAUUUAAUUUUUAAUUUGUAUUCUGGGACCUGGCCUGAUUACACGGAAGAUCUGGGAUUUGAUAUUGGCCAGGCAAUGUUGGCUAAGGCAAGUAUAAGCACUGAGAACUUCCGCGCACAUUUUGAUGUAUCUAUCCCGCUGUUUUCCAAGGAUCAUCCCAGGUCAGGAGGGGAAAGGGGCUACUUGAAAUACAACACAAUACCGCCUGUCAGGAAGUAUCUGUUGGUGUUCAAAGGGAAGAGGUAUCUGACAGGAAUUGGCUCGGACACCAGGAAUGCCUUGUAUCACGUCCAUAAUGGGGAGGAUGUGGUACUUUUGACCACCUGCAAACAUGGCAAAGACUGGCAGAAACACAAGGACUCACGGUGCGACCGAGACAAUUUAGAGUAUGAGAAGUUUGAUUAUCGUGAGAUGCUGUACAAUGCAACUUUCUGUUUGGUACCACGUGGUCGCAGACUUGGAUCCUUCAGGUUCCUAGAAGCUUUGCAGGCUGGUUGUAUCCCAGUGAUGUUAAGUAAUGGCUGGGAGCUGCCAUUCUCAGAGGUCAUUGACUGGAACCAGGCUGCUGUCAUCGGGGAUGAAAGGCUGUUACUGCAAAUCCCUUCAACAGUGAGAUCCAUUCAUCAUGACAAAAUCUUAGCACUUAGGCAGCAGACACAGUUCUUGUGGGAGGCUUACUUUUCCUCUGUUGAGAAGAUUGUAUUGACUACAUUAGAGAUAAUUCAGGACAGAAUAUUUAAACACAUAUCUCGCAACACUUUGAUAUGGAAUAAACCUCCUGGAGGGCUGUUUGCACUACCACAAUAUUCUGCAUAUCUGGGAGAUUUUCCUUUCUAUUACGCAAGUUUAGGUCUGAAGCCUACUCCUAAAUUCACAGCUGUUAUCCAUGCUGUGACCCCCCUGGUAUCUCAGUCACAGCCAAUCCUAAAGCUGCUUGUAGCUGUAGCCAAAUCACAGUACUGUGCACAGAUAAUUGUACUCUGGAACUGUGACAAACCUCUACCAGCUAAACACCGCUGGCCCUCCACUACAGUGCCUGUCAUCGUAAUCGAAGGAGAGAGUAAGGUUAUGAGCAGUCGUUUUCGACCAUAUGACAUCAUUACUACUGAUGCAGUUUUGGGACUUGAUGAAGACACUGUGCUUUCAACCACUGAGGUGGAUUUUGCCUUUACAGUAUGGCAGAGCUUUCCUGAAAGAGUUGUAGGAUAUCCUGCUCGUAGUCACUUCUGGGACAAUACAAAAGAGCGGUGGGGUUACACAUCUAAAUGGACAAAUGACUAUUCAAUGGUACUGACAGGAGCUGCUUUUUAUCAUAGGUAUUAUCACUACUUGUAUACACAUUAUUUGCCUGCCAGUCUGAAGAACAUGGUUGACCAACUGGCUAACUGUGAGGACAUUCUUAUGAAUUUUCUGGUGUCAGCUGUUACCAAAUUGCCUCCAAUCAAGGUCACACAGAAGAAACAGUAUAAAGAAACUAUGAUGGGACAGACUUCCAGAGCGUCUCGUUGGGCUGAUCCUGACCACUUUGCUCAGCGACAGACUUGCAUGAAUACCUUUGCCAGCUGGUUUGGCUACAUGCCUUUGAUUCAUUCACAAAUGCGUCUCGAUCCAGUCCUUUUCAAAGACCAGGUUUCCAUUCUGAGGAAAAAAUACAGAGAUAUAGAACGACUGUAACAAGAACUAAUUACUGAAGGCGGAAUUAAAAACUUUGCCAUUUCCUGGCACUCUUGUCACCAAGCCAGUGUAUGAAUGUUUUUUUUUUCCUUAAGUGAGAAAGGCAAUAGGAAAACAACCAAACAAGAGAACGUAACACUUGGCUUGUACUAUUCUUAUGCACUGGAUUGUUGAAAGCUCAACAGGGACUUCAUAGACAGCAUUGAACAGAACAAGUAUGAAACAAAUCGCAGAAUUAUUUUUCCAGUGGUCACUAUGCAGGUUUAAAACAUUUUUUAUAAUCAAGAACUCUAGAAGACCAAGUUCACUCUCUUAUGUUUAAAAUGUGUUAGUCAUGCAUAUUCUGUAGACACAAUCCACAAGUUGUGAAAGUCAUGGUCCUCUGUUGUUACUCGGCUUCCCCCUAAGCAUUGAAAGUCAUUUUAAACAUUGUCAUUUUUAAUGUAGGUUGUUCAAAUAGAAACAAUGAAAUAUUUAUUAAAUUACAAUGUAGAUUUUUUUAAUUCUUUUCAUUACUCUGUUCUGAAAAUAUUAACAUAUUAAGUGGCUCAAUUUGCUUGGAGGGAAUUCUGAGCUGCAUCCAUUAUUCAGUGAAUUACAAGUCAGGAAUGUUCUUUUCCAGAUGCAGAAGUGAUGGUAUUUCAAUGUGAUUUAAUUCAUGAAUAGCUUGGUAUUAAAGAAACACUAUAACUUAUGAGUAAAUUGAUUCUUUGCACAGGAAAUAAAUAUGUACCGACAUGUAAAUAAGAUGUGGCUGUAGCUAAAAUGUAUGACAAAGGGAUAUAUUUGCUUACUCACAUCAGGAAGCUUGUGUUUGUACAACUUACCUGACAUAAGAGUUCAAAAGGAACUUGAACUCUGAAUUCGAGACUUUGUGAAAGUGUUUAACUUUUGCUGAGAAAACCUUGACUUUAUGUUCCACAGUGGAUUUAUUAUCUGUAUGUAUUUCUGUGUGUGAAAAAGCAGGUCCUCAUCCAGUUUUGGAAGUAACUUGCCAGCUAGCUACCAGCCCAUGAAUUGAUUUGUGUAUUACUAAAAUUAAAAGUAGUACUUGAAAUAUGUUCUCACCUCCCCUAACACAGGAGCAUCAGUCCAAGUGAUGAUUGGUUUUAUGACCACACAAUGAGAAGAGAAUAUGAUCAAAAAAUUUAAAUAUGUAUGAUUUUCCUUUUUAUUUCUGCAGGAAAUUAUGAUGGUGUAGAAUGCAGAGCCAGUUUUCAAGAACCCUUUUCUUUGUCACAUUUUUAUACUGAUUUGUUACAAGCCAGCAGAAUGUUGCUUGCAAAUGUUAGCAUAUUUGUGGCAUUUGUUUCUUUUUUUUCCUAUGGGGGAGGUGGUAGCUAUGUAGCUAAAGGUAGAAGAAUGUACAGUAGAGUCAAUUAUCUGAACUAAUUGGACCUAGGGUAGUUCGGAUAAUCAAAUACAUAAUUGAACCAGAUAAAAAGCUUCUAAAAUCUUGUUUUUUUCUGCAUGCAGGAAUAUGCCUUUCAACCAUUCAGCCAUUUCAGUGGAUAGUGAAGAAUAUUUUUCACACGCGAGCUAGCUAUAAGCUCAAAAAACAUGCUUAAGUGAAUACGUAUAAUGUUUACAUAUUCAGACUUUAUGAUUUUUUCCUACCCAAAAACUUUAGAAGGCUGGUUUGGGUAAUUGACGUUUCUGAUAAUUGAUACUCUACUGUAGUACUGUGCAGUGUUUAAUCACUGUUUAGUGCACACCACUCACCUUCUUUCCUACUGCUGUAUGAGAUAAAGUGGGAUAUAAGUCACCUUGUAAAUUGAGGUGGCGGGUGAAAGGUCUCAAACCGCAGUUUUCAAUGACUUUGUUAAAUGCUGAUGAACAGAUUCAAACACUGUCAGACUCCCAUUCCCUGGACGUAGUGACACCCACCUUUUUAGUUCCCUUUGGUCCCCAGUUUAUUCACAUGUCUUGAAUGUUUUCACUUUUCUGGACUGCUGGGAUUGAGGUUUAAUAUGUUUUUGGAGGUAAUGCAGGUGGUGGUGGUGGUGGUACUAAGGGAAGAUGUGGGGCAACUUUUGCUUUUCUGAAAUAUCCUAAUGUCUUUCAUCUUUAUGUUUUCUUUCCCAGCCUCAGCGAUACAGGAUUGUUAUGCCCUUCUGCCAUGUAUAUAGGGUCUCCCUCUCCAUCUGGUCAAUGCCACUGGUGUUCUGUGUCCAGUGUAGCCAUUAUUCUGUACUCCUUUAUGGAAGACAUUUUUGGUCUAACCAAUCUGGCUUUGUUGCUCCUACCUGCAGAUGUUUUUAACAUCUGGUCACACUCAAAUCUGUGUCAUUAGAGUCACAGUAUGGUGCUUUGCCACUGCUCCAUAAGGCUGGUCCUUAAGUGAGUGUAGUUCAAAAGGUUGGAAGUAUAAUGUGCCCCAAAAGAGUCCUUACAUAAUCAAGUAUCUAUUUUUUGUCUGUAUGAGUGGGAUGGAUUCUGUCAACCUAGGGUGUAGGACACAAGUACAGGUAAAGGGUAUACUUAACUGGUGGAUGUCUGAUUGAAGGAAAACGCACAGAUUCAAAACUCCGGAAACAUUGCACAUUUCCCAACAAAAAGGGGCAAGUAUACUGUAAUACAACUUCAGUCAUUAAUUAUUUGAUCAGUUCACUUAUCCAGAGUUGCUGUAGGAGAUUAGUGGGGUUUAAGCAUUGAGCUUCUUCCUCAUAAAUUCUGUAGGUGAUUCUGUAGCCUUUGGAAGCAAAAUUUGUUGAUUUGCCACCUCUCCCAUGGGCUAAUAUCACUGAUCAGGUGGAUGAUCUUUGUUAUAUGUCUUAUUUUAUCAUCUGCAUGUCAGUUAAGAAGCAGGGAGCCAGAAAACAAGUUGCUACCAUUUAAUGUUCUGUCGUAUCCAUGCAUGUAAAUAUGCCUUAUAGGUUCACUGGCUGUGUGGCUUGCACAAAAUCUUUAUAUUCCCUUUGUAGAUACAUGUUGUUUCUAAGUGUGCAUUGAUGUAUUAAUGCAAAUGGUGCUCCGACAAGGAUUACUCCUUGUUGCUCUCUAAAUUCAGUUUUAGUUAAGAAUUUGGGGCUAUGUUAGCCAUUACUUUCACAGGUAAUUGAAUGUUUGAUGACGUGAAGGAGUGUUGAACAUGUGGCCUUUUAAUGAAGGUUCCGGAACUUUGGUUCUAAUCAUGGGUGAGCUGUCCUUCCAUCAGUAGCCGUCUUGUUUUAUUGUAUUAGUUUGUUUACCAGUUAAGUUGCUGUAACAAAAACUGCCCUUUUGGAAUACUGUCUUGUUAAAUGACUUACUCAGAAUAGGCAGAUGGAGAAUAAGGAAAUCACCUGCAGGACUACAGUAUGAAGCUUUUUUUAUUGCUCAUUGCCUUAACCCCCUGUUCUGAACUAGCAGACAAGUACAUAGUGUGCAAGUAUUUGGUGUCGGUGUAAGAGAAGUCACAGAUUUGCAAAUCUUGCACUUAUUUAUGUGAUGAUGCAAAUUAAACUGUAACUUCAUUGUAGUCGCAUUCCAAACCUAAAAAAAUGAGAAUAGAAAGGAAAAGAAUUACUCCCUUGCAUUUUGGUAUAAAUUGUAACAAGUGCUAAUUAAUGUAUCAACACAGUUAAGCAUGUUUUUGUAAGUCAAAUAAUUUAUCAGCAUGGUUAAGCCUGUUUUUAUCCAAGUCAAGAUUCUUAAAGAAUAUCAGAGAAUUUUAUAGCAUUUUAAGCAUUGAUUUUUGUUGAAUGUUCAUUUUGCUAAAUUUUGUUCCAGUUUGCAUUUCAGUUCUCAUUUUUUAAUGUUUGACAUGUUAUUAACAUUGCAAAGUCCUGAAUUUUAGCCAGUAUUGUUCUUGCACCUCAUUUGUUCAAGGACUCUGAAUAGUUUUUGAACUGUGUUCUGUGUUGGACACAAGAAAUGUGAUGUACAGUAGUAGGUAUAGGGAGUAGCUUAGAAAAAUGAAAUGAAAGAGAGUAUAUAGAAACCCCUUUUUAAAAUUAGGAUGGUAGUGUUAAGCAGUGUUCAGUCAACACCAUACAAUGUGCCUAGUUUUGUCAGGCAGGCAUUUAAGUGUCUAACGUGACACAGAGCUAGAGAUAAUAUGACAGAGUAGGUAUAGCCCCAUCCUAUAUGUGCAAGGCAUAUUUUCCAUAUCUUAAUGCCAUUAUAUCCUUCUCCUGUUUUUGAGUGUGUUUGAUACAGAUGCAUAAAAAGGGAACAAACAAUGUAGAUAAAUGUGGAUUUAACUGGGAAGCUGUGCUGAGCGCUAGUUUUAAGUAAGGCUGCAGAGGAUUUCAGACAUGACCGUGCGUGUGUGACAGUAUUUUGCUAAGCAUUACAGAUAUGCUCAGUAUAUUACAUAGCAGCAAUGGUUGUAAUAACAGUCUGUGACCCAUAAUGUGAUUAAAAACAAGUUUGUUAAAAUACAUCAACAUGGUACCAGUAUAUUACAGAAAUGUCAUUUUUACAUCAGUACAACAGCCACUGUUACUGUCAGAAAGAAAGAAUAAUUUUAAGGGAUUAGCAAAAUAUUUUCAUUUGCCCUUUUCCUUCCAUUCUGGACUCAAGUGAGAUUGGAAAGAAAGUCUGGAACCAACUCAUUAGUUUACCUGGAUAGCUAGGAACAUUGCAGAGUUUAAAAAUGUCUAAUUUUUUUUGUAUCUUCCUUGGUCUUAGUGUCCUGGAAAUGUUUUUUUUUUUUUUUCUUUUGUAGUUACUGUUUUUAACACGUUACAUUAAAAUGACAACAGAACCAUACAAACUUCUGGAUAAGUAUAUUUACCAGACUUUAAGGCUUGUAGUGUAAGGGAGUAAUAGUUUUUGUGGAUGGUGGUUUGCUUUAGGUAAAUGUCAUAAAUAUUUCAAAAGUACUUUUAUUGACAUUAACUGCAUUUAUGUAAUGGGCUUGUGUACACUAAUCAUUUUAACACUGUAGCCUAGGUGAGAAUGUUGGCCAUGGCCAAAGCCAAAUUGUUUCAGUGAUGGUAUGAAAAGAAUCUGUCAGCUCCAAAUGAUUGCAUAUUCCUGUCCUCUUGUCCUUUCUUUAGCGCUAGUAGUUCUUUGAGUGUGGAGAUUUAGGGCAUUUUCCUUGGUUUAGAGGGAAAAAUACAGCUCAUCCAUGUUUAAAAUCAUGCCGUGGACCUACGAUCACAUUUUGUUUGAUUAUGAUCUCUUUUUUUUUUCCCAUUGGUUAAUCAGACUGUUUCACAUACCCAUCAUCUGUUUGCCAUUAGUUAUUUCAUUCUUUGAAGAUAAGAAUGUUGAGGUAGGCAUUGUCACCAUGUAUAUAAUCUUGUAUAUUUAUUUUGACAGAAAAUAUGUAUAGUGUAUGAUCAGUAGAAAUAAAUUGUCAAAAAUACUAGAUGGUAAAUUGUAAAGCAAAAAAAAAAACUUAUUUUGUAUAAGAUGUACAUUUUUGAAAACUUUUCUAAUGUGUUGCCAAUGUUUUCAUAGCGCUGCCACAUCUUUUUCUAAAGUUGCCCCGUUGGUUAGAAUGACCGCGACAUAGUGCAAUUAAAGCUUAUGAGAGUAUGCAGGUUGUGAGAGAGUUAAUUACGAAGCCAUAUAACAUGAUUUACUUCAUUAACUUGUACAACUUAAUAGUCUCCAUUUAAGAUAGCUUGUUUUAUAGAUAGUGUCACCAAAGACUUUUCCUUCUGAUUUACAACACUGCUGAUAAAUAAUAUAAUAUUUUCUGUUAAUUGUGUAUGUGUAUUUUUUGUGAGGAGGGGCUAUAUCUUCACUUCUGUUGCUCUGUUUGGCACCAAGAUCAACAAUCCAUUAUGUUCACUACAAGGUUGAGAUACUGCUGCUUUUAUUCUGUUCCAUCAAGACAUUUUGCUCCCUUAAACUGACUUUGAACUGCAUCCUACAAAGACAGGGUAACUCUAGUGGCAUUUAACAAAAUUAAAAUAUAUCAAUGCUCCCUUAAACCAAACUGAUGCAGCCAUGUGACUAUGAAUGAACCCAGCCCCAGCUGUAGUCCUUUACUUAAGUACAUCAAUUCUAUAAUGAAAUCUAAUGCAAAACAAAAUGGUUGUAGCAGCAAAUGAGGUUGGAUUUUGUUGCUUAUUGUGUGUGUGUGUGUGUGUGUGUGUGUAUGCCUGCGCGCACAAUGUGCCCAUGUGUGAUCAAUUCUGAGAUGUAGAUUACCUAUACGUCUACAAUUGUGUGCAUGAAUGUGCCUUUUUAUCUUGUAACUUUUGUUAUUUUGUGCUGUCAGCAAAUGAGAGACCUAGUAAAGCUUAACUGGUUAGUUUUAGUACCUUAGCCCUAGAAAUGCAUGUAGUAAUGCUUUCCUUUAUUUAUGGCAGCAUUGCAUCCUAGCAUCAAGGAAUGUACUAGGUCAGCAGGAUUUUAGUUGAAAAAUCAUUAAAAUAUUUCGCUCUUGUAAUCAUUAUCUGAAAAGUAAAUGUCUGCAGACACAGGCUCACCUGAAAUAUGUCUUAUCAUUCCCCCAUUUAGUUUUUUUGUCACAAGACUUUUUUGUCCAUCUUUUUUUAUAUGUCAUUUAUCAACCUGAUCAGUAGUUUGAUCACAAAUCAUAGUGUGCUUGGGUUAGAUUAUUCAUGUCUUGAGACGUAAACAAUGCGUGUUCAUUAGAAUAGUAUGCCUUACGCUGUACUUAGAUGUACAGCAGUGAAUUUGCAAGCAGACAGUGCAGUUUUGUGAGCAGUGCCUGCCUGUACAGGAGUAUGUUAUACCCAGAAUGGGUUUUGAGACUGACUGCUGCAGCUGUGCCAUGUUCAGGGAUUGCUUGUUGGUGAAAAACAGACUUCAUACUGCACACCGUAUUGUGGCACAUGGUGUGGGGUAUUACUUGAGUACCUACUUUCAGAGUGGUAGUGAAGAUCAGCACAUGGCUUUGUUACCAGGCCUGGGGACUGGAAGAAUUGCAGCAGUUUGGGGUAUAUGUGCAGCUAUUAUGGUUUCAUAUUUAAAACUGAUCUGCUGAUCUAAAACCGUCUGACACUAUCCCAAAUGGGGGAAAACAGAUUUCCCUACUUGAUAUUUUACUUCAUGCUUCUAUAGAUAUAGAGUUAUUUUUUGUCAUUGUAUUUUGAGUCUGUUGAAGCAUAAUAUUUUCACAUUUGUAUCUUGAUUCCACUGCAGUAAUUGCUUUGAAAGUAGUUUUUUGUGAAGAACUCUGUGGUGUAGUUUCAUUACUUAGAGAUGCAUGUGUCAUUUUCUUUACAGCAUAACACCACAGAUGUUUAGUAUCAGCUGUCUCAUCGUAACUGGUUUAUUUAACUAACCUGUAUGAUUUCUAAAUGGGAAUUGUAUGUUCCAUUAAUGCAAUCUUCAUUUUCCUAAGGCAUUUCUGAAAGAGGAAAUAACAGCUGUUUAUUUUCCCGAUGUCAUCAGUCAGGAAAAUUCAUAGCUUGGAUGUAAUAUGUUUUCAGGUCUGCUCAUUUUGUAACUAAUGAAGUCCAACAACAUACCAGAGUCAGUACUUCCAAUGACCUAGGCUAGAAUCACAAGUGAGAAGUACAGUUCUUGAUAUGUUACCAUAAGCCGUACAAUACUGCACUGUAGUUUUCUGUUAUUCAUUCAUACCUAUCCAGGGAGAAGUGCAUUUGGAACUGCUCCUUUUUUGUUAGGUCAGACAAUCUGAUGUGGCUUUGUAUGCCUUCUCCAGUUUGUAACUGCCUGGAAUUUCUCUUCUGAUAUCUCCAGCUCAGCACAGUUAGUAAUUUUCUUUAGCUCCUGCCCUCAGGGGUGGGUUUACCCCCGGACAGUUCACUUUGUGAAUUAGCACAAUGAUAAGAAGGGUAAAAUCAGCCUGUUACCCAUGUCUUUUUUGCAGUCUUCCCUAAAAUUCUAAGUGGCAUCUUUGAGAUCAUUUGCCGGUAUGUUUGCUUUAUGUUGCAUUUGAUUGUGUGUUAUGGUCUGAGUAUUGUUUACUGUAAAUGACAGUAACAUUAGUCUCUGGAAUGGGACUGCACUGACUAGCAGAAACAGUUGAGUGGAAAAAUGCACUUAAAGUUUGCUUUGCACUUUCUCCAAGCUACUGCGAUCGUGGCAUUUGUAUAUAAAACCAAAGGGGGGGGGGGGUAUGGGAGCCAGAAGGGGAGGAUCUUACUAAAAAACUGUAUAACCACUAAUGAAGAUGGUGGUUGUAGAUGAAAUCCAAUGCAAGUUUUGGAAAAAAGGUAAUUUUUUGUGGUUCACGGUUUGCACUGGACUAUCAGGAAAAGAGUAAGGAAAAUGAACUCCAGGCAGUGGUCAUAGCUUGCAACUUCCAAGAACCAGUUUGAAUUUGUAUCCAGUGGAAAUUUAUUGCAUAUAAAUGAAUAAGCAAGUUAUUUAUCUGAAAUAAAUUUCCACUGGGUACAUUUUCAGCUUUUUUUCUUGGAAGGCAGAACCACAGCAUUUUUUGGAUUUCUUGUUUGAUUAAGCUGUGAAGCUUUUUUUUUUUUGAUUGGUCAGAGUGCGCUCAUAAAGCAGCCUUGCAUUCCUUGAGAGUUAUAGGCUGUUUCUAGACUAUCAGGAGGUCAAUUUCAUACUUGUCCAUAGCCAACACUGAGAAAAGUGUGGGAAAUGCCCCCCCCCCCCGUGGUCUUCUUGGUGGGGGGGGGUGCCAGCACCAAUUAUUUCCACUUUCAGGCAUCCAGAGCUUGGUGAGUCCUUUGAUGAGGACUUGGUAGUUGAACUAACAGAGCCAGUCCCUACUUCCUCCUUACAUUAUGCUUUAGGCUUGCUGGCUACCAUAGACUAAACUCCAAGUGGUCCUCCUGUGGCUGUUGAACCAUGGGAAUGGCCCUCUUUUGGAUGUACAUGCAUUGCUUUCUGUUAAUAGCGAUGCGGUGACUCAGAUGCCAUUUCAAGUGUGUAGUGUCUUAAAUUUUGGGAUCAGUUGCCUGACAUCCAGUGCUCAUUUGUUACUUGUUACCUAGUUCAGCAGGUGUAUCCAGACCAUCUUUUCUAGGAGCUAGCAACAUGGAAUUUUCUCCUUUCCUCUCAGUAUCUCCUGGCAAUUUGAUACUGAGGUCUGUAGAUGUGACAGCAAAGAGGUCAAUGAGAUCUUCCCUUCAGAUAAUCUUGUAGCUGCUUCUGCAAAGGAAUGAAGUUGACUAUGGACUGACCUCCCACUCUUUUUUGCCUUCUUCCUGGCAGUGCUGUGUUUACUUGAGGGAGAAGGCUGAGGUAACAUGGGUCAUUUUUGUAUGGGAUCUCUUCCUAAGGAUGCCAUCCACUCUACCCUGAAAGCAUCUGGAUUGGCCUGGGAAGAUGGGUAUCCUGAAUAAAUCCCUGAUAGAGUGCAGUUUCAUGAGUACCAUCCUGACCAUGCAUCCACUGGUAGUUUGGGUGUAACACCAUUCUGACCAUGCAUUCAUGGGUAGUUUGGGUGUGAUCUGUCCAGUCUAGUAUAAAACCCAGAGACCACAGUACCAUUUCCUUGUUGCUUGUUAAGAAUUCCAAGGCCUUGGGCAGGAUGAGAAAAAGGUUAUGUUCUUUUACCGUUAUGUGAUCAAGAUCCCUUAAUUAUCUGUGUGAUCUGCACCAUUUCCUUUCUUCCCUUGUAGACAAAGAUUUGAAAAAGCUUACAGUUUUUUUCUGAGUCUGUGGUCAAAGAUGACCAUCAAAAAACCCUACCAUGCCUUCUGCUGAGAUCUGUCAGGCAGCCAGUUGUGACCUUGACUGUACUGAUGAUAUAUAUAGGGCUGCAGAUCCAGGAUGUUACAUGCCUGUACCAGAUUAUAUGGCUGAGGUUGUACUUUAUUGCAUAACUUAGGCAGAUUAUUCUAAAUGUCUCCUUUGGGAGAAGCCUUUCAUUGUGUAAGCUUGCCUCCAAAAGAGAAAGCAGGCAUUGACCAUUAUGAUGCACCCUGACUUACUACUCUUUUCUUAGACCUGUUCAGUUUCCCAAGAAGAUGGCCUCUUUGAGAGCCCUCAAGUACCAGACAAUAUUGUCUUCCUCAGCCUCACCUAUGAAGCCCUUGGUGACAGAGUAUUUGCAGUCUUGGGUACCCUGCACUCACAUUAAUGGGGGGCUAUUUUUAUUGGAGGUACAAUAUGAGUCUUAACAGUUGGCCAUAGACCAGACCAACACUUUGAGAACUAUUUGUGUCCCAGGGAAAGGGAAUGUGCUUAGGAACUCACUGAAUUACUGCUCUGGUACUCUUCUGACAUUAAGGGAUCCUGUCUGGUCAGGGCCUUCAAGGAAUAGAGCACCCCCAAAAAUCAGCUGAUGUAACCACUUAGGAAAACUUAUUCCUAUUCUGCUUGACUCAACAGGGCAAGGGAGAGUUGCCGAUAGCCACAUUAUCCAUCCUUUUGCAAGGAAGGUUCCUGUACUCCUUCCAGUGUUCUUAUGGUUAUAAAUUACAGAGAAGAAAAGCCACAAAUCAUCCCUUUUGCUCUGUGAUGACUGAGAAUGGUGGUAUUUCAGGUUCUCACAUUACUGGAAGUACACAAUUCCUUCCUCAGUACAAGUCAGUAAGGUGGUCCAGGAGAAGACUUCAUCUCAUAGCUAGGCUAUGCAUUGUAGAAUUGGUUAUGGAAAGCAGUACAUUAUUGCAGACCUCCCACCAGAAUUUGAGACAAUUGAAGCCACUGGCUAACACUCCAGCCAUCAGAUUUUCACAGCUUAGUGGAAGAUGCUAUCAAUCUGGGCAGAGAGGCAAUCUGUGCCACAUCAGUCAGUUAUCUUCCACAUAGUCGUGACUUACCUCAGGCACCUACAUAACCUGUGUAACUAACAGGAAUCUGGUGUUCCGCAGUCAGGGUAGUGCAUGCUUAAAAAGUUUAUACAUCAUCACCUUGUUAGAGGACACAGUUAUAACCCAGCACUGAGAGGUUAAGUUGCUUCAUGGAGUUUUGCAUCUUCACUUAUACUGGAAAAAAAACUUCUCCUUGGGACUUCAGCUUCUGUCUCACCUAAUUUCUAUUCAAAGUAUCUGGUUUGGCAACUCUGAAAUUUGUCUCUUAGAAGACGCAUUUCUUUGUGAUGAUCUCUGCUAUCAGAGUAACAAAGUAGGAUAUCCUUUUCUGUGGUGAUUAGUUUGGUCUUUUGGAAGGAUUAGGUGUCCCUUGGAACUAACCUACAUCUCCUUAUAAAAACAGUGACAGACGUGUUCUUAAAACCACUCAUUUCUUUACCUGAGAUGGUUGAGGGGUUACUCUCUUACUAUUACUGUAGUUCAGGUUUUAUUGAUUUGUCUGCUUUGGUUCAGAUAGGAAAGUUGUGAAGUGAAUACGGAAACCCUUUCAAGGUAGAAUGAUGUGUUCAUUUUUCUUCCAUCAAGCAGCUAACCAUCCAUUGGAAAGUGCUUCUGUCAAUCAGAGGCUUAACCGCUGUCAGUACUUGCAUCAAAAAUGCUUACUUUUUUGGACAUUUAUUCUGAACCACUUGUUACCAUUCCAUACCAUUGACAAGCAUUACUGAUUGGACUGUGUCUGUUAGAUGGGCUGCUUUUGGCGUAUCAGUGUUUUUGGACUUGGCUGUAUGAAUCCUUGACUUUAGCUUUUACUCCAGGACUUCCCAGUGAGGUUUAGUUUUUACUGCAUGAGAUUCUUCCCCACAACUACUGCAGGUAUCGACUGAAAUCAAAUGUAAAAGCUGUGUAGUCACUAGAUCAGCUCAUCUGUGAAAAGGCCUUUUGCAGCGGGUAGUCAUUAACCUCCUGCCAACCCCCGUAUCUGGGUGGCUUUUCCAUCAGCAUCUGUAGAUGUACUUUCUUUAAAAAGAAAUAGAAAGUAUAUAAUUUUACAUCCCCUCCACCAUCUUUAAGGUUGUUCUUGCUCAGAUCAUUGGGGUUUGAUGUUCUUGGAUUGCUACUUAUAAAUGGAAUUCCUGUAUGCCACAUGUUGUUUCAGUGGAUUAGGAUGGUCUUCAUUUCAUAGUGUGGUCAUUAAGCUGGAGACAUUAACACUGUCUUCUAUGUUGUUACCAUUUUUACUUGAGCUCUGCAGUGUCUUCAGUGGAGCCUUAGACACAUUACUUAUGGUAAGCGACAGACAUGCAUAUACAAAUGUGUAAUGUGUUCAUAAUUUGCUGGUUCAGAAAGGAGGAAUGUGAAAAACUCAAGAUUUCAAAUCAAAGUGAAGCCUUUUUUUCAGAGCAACUUUCAAGGUAAAAUAUGCUUGGCAAUUUUGCAAGCCAUACAUUGUCAAAACAAGGAAAGUAAUGCUGCUUUAAAAUGGUGUAAGGGAUUUUUAUGUUGGGUUACUCAUACCUGCUGUUGGCUUUUGAAGUUAUCUUAAGAUAAGAGGCAGAGUACAUGUGUUCAGUUCAGGUUGCAGUGCUGUAUUUAUUAUUUUAUAUCCCACCACCCCUGCCUUGUUUUACACUGGAAUAAUUGCCCAAUAUUUUUUUACUGACAUUCCUUCCUAUUCAUGAUGCUUUUGGGAGCUUUAUGCAUUCUUGAUGGUACAGAUUUGCUGGUCCUGCACGCUACUUUUGUCUUUUCUUUCUUCCUUUCAUUUUAGGUUUAUUUUCAUAUUUAUAAGCUCUGUAUUACAAAUACUGUAUUUUAUUGCUCUUUAAAAAUGUUUGCAGAUCUGUAAUCAACAAUAACAAGUGUUCUGUUGAUUUUUAUAGAGAGGAUUCAAAAAUUAGAACAUUUUGUAAGAAUAAUUUUUAAUAAUAAAUGGCAUUUGAUAAUA